UUUUUUUAAUGAAAUUACACGUAUUUUUUUUUUUACUUUUCUGGCUUGAAUUAGCUCAUUAGAGCAAGAAUACUUUUCUGGCUAUUAUUAAAUAUAUUAUAUCAUUAAAAUAAAAAUAUUUUCUCGCAUUAAAGAAACAAUUUGGAAAUUUGAAUUUGAAUUUGAAAGUCCAUUUUCAAACCAAGAAACAGGAAGAUCCGUAUUCGUUUAAAAGUAUAAUGUUAACAAAAGAUUAAUGACGAUUGAGCGAGUAACAGACCCAUAUGUCAAGAUUGAUCAGCAACGAGAAUUCUUCAAACGCAUCGAAAUCCUAGAAUUUUCAAUUUCUUCCAAAGCAAUCAAAUCCGUUUCCCUCCCGCAUCCCCUGUUUUCCUUUUCCCACCUUCAACCAAAUUCAAUUCCAUUUAUUUUCCUUUCAUUAUUUAAUGCUUUUAAAAUUAAAGCAUUUCAAGCUUUGAAUCUCUCUCUCUCUCUCUCUCUGGGUGAUGGAAUGUUGAUAUAGAUCUCAAUUCUCAAGGGUCGAAGAAUUGCACCUAGUGAUUCAUAGAAGGACAUCAACCGAAGCACAUCGUCUUGUAUUCUGCGAAGCCUCAAAUCUGUGAACGACCCAACUCGCCGAUGGGUGCCUACAGAGCUGACGACGACUACGAUUACCUGUUCAAGGUGGUGUUAAUCGGCGACUCCGGCGUGGGCAAAUCGAACCUUCUUUCCAGAUUCACCAGAAACGAGUUCAGUCUCGAGUCCAAGUCCACCAUCGGCGUCGAGUUCGCCACUCGCAGCAUUCAUGUGGACGAUAAGGUCGUCAAGGCCCAGAUUUGGGACACCGCCGGCCAAGAAAGGUACCGUGCAAUCACAAGUGCAUACUACCGAGGAGCUGUUGGUGCCCUACUUGUUUACGAUGUCACAAGGCAUGUCACAUUUGAGAAUGUUGAGAGAUGGUUGAAGGAGCUUCGGGAUCACACAGAUUCCAACAUUGUGAUCAUGCUAGUUGGGAACAAGGCAGAUUUACGUCACUUGCGUGCUGUUUCCACCGAGGAUGCCAAGGCAUUUGCUGAAAGGGAGAACACAUUUUUCAUGGAAACCUCUGCUCUUGAGUCCAUGAAUGUGGAAAAUGCCUUCACAGAAGUUCUUACUCAGAUAUUUCAUGUUGUCAGCAGGAAGACUCUUGACAUUGGGAAUGACCCAGCUGCCUUGCCCAAGGGACAGACAAUAAAUGUUGGCACGAAAGAUGAUGUUUCGGCUGUGAAAAAAGUUGGAUGCUGCUCUGCAUAAUUUGAAGAAAUAAGGGAAAGAAGCCCUCUAAUCAGAACAAAUUCUCCUCUUUUUGUUUUGAAGAUUUUUCCAGUUAGACACGGAAAACUUGCUCACUCGAUAGAUUUCUGGUUUCAUGGCAUAUUUAAGCAGAGGCGAUUACCAGCUGACCUUUGGAAUCAACUGAUCUUCAUUGCAUUUGGAACGUGACUCCCCUACUUAUUUGCAGUUUCUUCCUCUUUUCCUCAUCUUUCCAAUUUUUUUUCAUGGAAAUAUUAUCCUUUACCUCAUUUCAGUCCAUUACUGUAGUUUUGGACUACCCAUUAGAUCAGAUUAUAUUUGAUUGUCUCAGCAUUUGAAUUUGAAAAUGUGUGAAGAAAAUAUCUGUAUUUCCAUUGAAUGAUGUUUGUUCAUUUGGGACCGAAGAAAUGGCUAAUUAAAUCUCUGUUGUGUGCUUUUCUCCUUA